GCUGCGUGCGGUGAAUAAAUGGUUCGGAAAAAUGCCAGCAAAUUUCAAAGUGCAAUAGACUGUUUAGCAAAAGCCAAUCGAAUUGAAUUGAAUCGAAUCAGUUUCAAUGGAGUCCUCGAGUUCCAUUCGGUUUUUGAAGAGCUCAUAGAAAUAUACUUGUCGGCCGGUAAUCAAACACCUGUUUGCCAAUUGCUUUGCUGGGAGUUGUAUGGAAAUAAAGAGGCCUCAAAAUUGCUACAGGCUUUCCAGCGGCUGGUAAGUCAAUUAAAAAGCCAAUUUGUGUGGGUUCGCUGCUGGUUGCCAUUACCACGGCAUUUCUACGGCUUCCGCCGGGAAACUGAGUCACGGGCACGGCUGCGUCUGCGGCUGCGGGAACGACUGCGGCGGAAUCCCGCCGAACGGGCCAGUCACCAGCGGAACCGGCGGACCCAGCGCCGCCAUCUGGUCAUGGACUACAUCUUCGAGUGCUUCUUCGACGACACCUUCGAGCAGAUCUCGCGCAACGGCCUGCAGGACCGGCAGUCGCGGCGAGAUGUCCUCGACCACCUGAGCUCCAUCAUCAAGGGCUGCAGCGGCGGCCAGAACUCGCAGACGGACGAGGUGGCCGCCAUCGCGGUGACGGCGGCCAUGAGGUACCACCGAAUGGCCAAGGAGCAGAACGGUCAGGUCUGCCUCAUGGGCAAGUAUCACAACAUCCUGUACAUCGGACUGCGCACCUGCUGGGAUUGGGGAGUCCGGGACUCGGAGGUGGUCGUCAAGCUGCUGGUGGCCAUUUACGAGUGCGAGAAGACGUAUGAGCGCAUUUUCCUGGGCGCCCUGUUUGGACCACAUGCUCCGCACUUCAUCGCCGGCUGGCGCAGUGACUUCCAGGAUCAGCACGAGAAUGUCCGGGCGAUGGUUUACUUUCUGAAGCACGCCACACGCGAGCAGCUCACUUUGCCCGUCUGGAUUCCGCGCUUCGAGCAGGAGCGACAGCUCAGAUUCAUUGAUGUCCCCAUUGAGUCCUGCGGCAAGUCCUCGCCCCUUCGCAUUGCCCUGCAGGCGAACGCUCCCGAACUGCUGCUCAUACUGCUGAGAUACGGCGCCGCACCGCAGCCGCCGGACGGAGGCGCCUCCGUAAUUAUAGCGCUGCUCGACAAACUCAUCGAGGAUGGCCGCAAUUACAGCUUCGAACUGGUCAUGUGCCUCAAGAUUCUGCUGCGCAAUGUGGUGAUGAUUGAGAUGCCCUUCAAGCCCCUUUUAUACGCCGCCCGCAGGGAAAUGUUCUUCGAUCGCUACGGCCGCCUUUUGAUGGACAAGAUUAUUGGCAAAGAGCAGGUCUACGGAGUGCCCAGUCUUCGUCAUUUAUGCCGCUGCUGUAUCCGCGACGUCCUGCGGAUGCACAAUCAACUGCCCAACGGCAUCGACACGUUAAGGCUGCCAAAGCGCCUGCAACGCUACAUCGAUCUCACCGAGGAGCUCGAAGGACCUGAGGCACAGGACACGGAGGACAAGGAUCAGCAGAGGGAAAAAUCCUCGCCCAAAUGCAAGCUGGGAAGCGAGGCGGGCCGGCUGGAUACAAUCAGCAGUGCAGGGGAGAGCGAGGACGAGAGUGAGAACCAAGCGCAGCUCCUGCAGGCUGUCACGGAUCCGGAAAAGGCCGCAUUGGCGGCUUUCAUGGCCACCGGCGAUGGAGCGUAUACGGAGGAGGCCAAAAAGGCUGCGGUAGAGGCCUACGUGGCGGCCUGUCCACCCGAUUUCGAUCCCGACUUUCCGCCAAUUUCCCUGCCCGGGGAGCCCAGAUAGCAAAAAACAUCCAGUACAAGCACCAGCACUCACCGAUAGGU